AUGCUGUCACUGCUUCUUCCUCAUCACAAUUCACUAAGAGCACAGAUAAAUGAAGUUCUUGACCUGGAUCUAAUAAAACAGCAGGCUAGUCAUGGUAUUCUGGAUAUUUCAAGGCUGGCACAGUUUGUAGUUGGUAUACUUAGCAAGCUCUGUGCCCCUGCUAGGGAUGAACAAGCCAAGAAAAUCCUUCAAAAUGAGGAUCUUGUAGAUCUUUUCAAGUGAGAGAAAAUUUAAAAUGCAUAAUAGAGUGGGCAUGAAAAAAUUUUAGUUGUCUGUGCAAGACAAAAUAUUUUUUUAAAGUAAAUCAUACAGUAUCUCUCUUUUCUGAUAUUUUCCAGAAUACACAUGUAAUCUUGUUCUCAUUGGUAAACAAUCUUUUUCUAAAAAGAAACAAAAAAUGUUUUAAAAAAUUAUUCCAUUGCAAGAUGGGUAAAGAACAUGCCAAAACAGAUAGAGUUUCGAAUUGAAUAAAUGCCCUUUAUAAUUUGAGCUUAAAUAAGUAGGGGCUGCUUAUUUUGACACUCCUGAAAGCAGCUUAUACAACUGUUCAAAAGUGAGCUGUUAAAAUAGAAAACAGCAGAUGACCGAAACCUUGUGACUACAUCAGACAUGUUCAAAGCAAUAAAUUACUGUUUCAAAGUUAUAUUAUUAUUAUUACACCUUUUGCUGUUCAUUACAAGAAAAUACGCAAUCAUCUGUGCAAAACGGCGACCAAUAGUGCGACGAUACAGCUGUACAUUCAUUAGCCCAAAAAUACAAACAUCUGCGCACAAAUCAGAUUCAAUUACGAUUGUUGCAUUUUAAUCAACAUUCAAUAACACUUUUGGGCAUUCAUAUGCGUCAUUCAGCAAAUGAAAGAGAAAAAUGUACUUUCAAAACGCCAACAUCAAAGUCAUUAACACCAUCUUGAAAGUCAAUAGGGACAACAGACAAACAUUAAAGUGCAAACACUAUUCAUUAACAUUUUUAUGACGCUCUUUGCAAUUCAAUAGCAUUCCUGGACAACCUUAGGAUUAAUAUGCAUAUGAAUUAAUGCCCAAAAGUGUUAUUGAAUAUUGAUUAAAAUGCAAAAAUCAUUAUUGAAUCUGAUUUAUGCACAAAUGUUCUUUUUUUUGCGCUAAUGAAUGUAUCUUCGCACUAUUGGUUGCCGUUUCAUGCAAAUUAUGGCAUAUUUUCUCGUUAUGAACAGCAAAAGGUGUAAAGUGGCCCAUGGGUUAGCAUAUCUUCUAAUAAAGUUAAGAAAUGAUAGUUUUUCUUAAAUGGUUAGUGUUCAUUCUUCAGAUUCUCCAGUGCAACCUUGGUUUUGGACUUGCAAGUUACUGUUACCUGGAAAUGGUGAAACUCACAUGAAACAAUAACUUUCAUUUGCCUUUUGUCAUUAUGUUUUUUAGGGAAGUGUUUAAUUUGAUGGAUGCAAUGAAGGUAGACAUGGCAAAUUUUCAACUUCAAUCCAUUAAGCCUCAUCUAGUGCAACAGUCUAUUGACUAUGAGAGAAACAAGUUUAAAGAUUAUCUUCAAUCUAAUCCAGGUAAAUAGGUAAAUUUACAACAACAAAAAAAUAUAUUUGUGUAACAUGUAUUUAAUUUGUGAAUUUGAGAUAUAACAGUAAAUACAGUCAAACCUCACAUCAAAACGCCAAAGGUUGCUGAUAGGAAUUUGAAUAAAGGGCUUGUACUAGCAGGAACAGGUCUGUCAGGUCUGCUUAUUUAAAUAAUUUCGACAAUUUCCGAGAUGAAAUGAUAAAUAAAUAAUCAAAGUUUGGCCAUACUGUGCAUAUUUUGAGUUAUGAAUGUAUAUGGCAAUCAUUGGGAAAUAGAAAAAAAUAAUUUGUAAAGAAAGAAAAAUCUCGUUGUCUUAUCAGUCACUGUGCAGCAUUAAAUUAUUCAAUUUUCUUGGGUGGGAUAUCAGACCCUGUAAAAAGUGACUAAUCAAGCAAGCACGGUUAGCUCGCUAAUAUGUAAAUACAAAUAGCAAAUACUUAUUAUUUAUUCAAAACAUUUCACUUUUUCUGAUUGGCUCCAAUCCCCUGGCUGAUUCUUCAUAACCAACUGGCACUUACUAUAUUUGGAAUAUGUGAGCAACAUAAAUAACGAUUGGAUGGUAUAUUUGAUCGGAAACUAGGUUGAUUAAUAGACCAUAUAAUUUGAUUGAAAAUGAGGCUGCUAGCCAUAGGGAAAUAGACCAUCGCCAAGCCGAAAACAAAUUGCGUUCACAGGAAUCCGAAGACAAAAUCGCUGAAUUUCGAACUAAAUCUGAAUGGAAGAAAUACAAGAAUACGCUAAACAUAUCACUCUAUGGAUUUUAUUUAUGUUUUGAGGAGUAUCGACAUUGAAGGAAAAACAUCUGUUUAUAUCAAGAAAUAGUGUGUCAAGAAAUAGGCUAAAGGUUUGAAGAAAGUCUACGAUGAGGUAAUCUUGUUAAGAACAGUUCAAAAACUACAUUAAACAUAUCACUCAAUUAUGGAUGUUAUCUACUUUUUGAGGAGCAUCUGCGAGGAAAAACAUUUGUUUUUAUCCUGAAACUGUUCCAAGAAAAAGGUUAAAGGUUUAAAGAAAGUCAGCGAGGGGGUACUUAGAAUCAUUUUGAAUGAAUAAUUAUUAUCGAAUUUGCCUUUCGCAUGAUGUGAAGACUUAUGCAGAUCUGGGAGGAUGUUAUCUGCCUUUGCCUUCAGCCUCGGUGGAUAACAUCCACCUAGAUCCGCUUAAGUCUUCGCAUCCUACUCAUCAGCUUCAUUUAAUAAUUGCUAAUUAUUGACAUUAUUUUAUUAUUCUUUGGGCACAGUCAUGAGCACAUGAUUAGGUUAUUUUUCUUACAAGUACACAAAAUUAAAUCAUUUUUAUUACUUUUCAGCUGGUCUUAUGUCAACUAAGGUGUGGUUAAAAAGAGGAGCAGAGGUGGCAACAGGGACAAGUCCCAGGACUGAUGCACAAAACUCAGCAGAGGGAGUAGACAGUACAGACUUUCAGAGGAAGCUACAAGACACUAGUCUAUCAGAUGUUUUAGUUCAUGGAUAUUUAGGAAUUAUCUUCGGUGAACCAGGCUGGCCUUACCCUGAGGUAUAAUGGUAUUUAUAAACACUGAUCAUUACUGGGCCAAAACUCUUUCUAUACUUCCAUACCCAAAAAAAAUUGGCGGAUGUUUUUGGUAGCACUUUCAUUCUAAUGUCAUUUAAGUCUAAUACAUUUUUCCAUAGCCUGGGACUAGGCUUCACAGUGAGGGAAAAGGCGAAAAAAAAACUUAGGAAGGGGGUGGGGAAAAUUGGUGAGAGAAACGAGCUUGCUUAGCUUGCCGAUUUUAGCUGCUUCACCCCAUUUUUUGCCUUUUCCUCCAGGUGCCUGGUCCCAGGCUAAUUUUUCUAGUGGUUUCCUGGAGCAAGCCAUCAUGGCCUUGUUAGACUUCUAAGCAACUGCUGCCUAAAAAUUCUGGUUGUUUUAGCAUCUAAUUGUAGAAGUGACAGGUAGCAUUACAAUAUAAACACACACAAAAUCCACAAUUCCUCUGAAUUUCUGUGCAGAUGUGAUAACACACAAAACAUCAACGUCAAUAGGACGUGUCACAUUCCUAUUUUUAUCCACAAUUUAAGCUGUCAGCUGCUGUCAGAAUCGUGCCUUGUGCUUUAACGCUUUUUAUUAAAAUAAAAUACUCCUAAAAACAGUGUUCACUAUACUAGAGGAAACAUAAAUAUGUCAAAGAAAAUAGAUAAGUAAAUAAAUAAAUAAUAAUAAUGACAAUAAUCUGACUAUACAGUUAAGAAUGUAAGAUUAUUUCAUGUGAGAAGUUCUGAGAAGAUGCACUGUAUCUACAGGGGGCAAACAGAAAGGACCUGUCAGAUUAUUUAUUGUGCCUUCCAGGAGGGGAAGUGGGGGUCCCAAUCUACUGUAUGAAUGCAUUUUAUGAAAUCGCAAAUUAUUGUGUUUAUUAGUAUCUACCUCUCUCUUGUUUGUAGACUUUGAUUAUGGACGAGUUUCGAUUGGCUGAGAUGAGAUGGAGUAUCCGCCGCACCACUCUAAUUGCCUCAGUUGUACUCGUAACACUGAACACUGUUGGUCAACAGCUGGCUUCAGAUGUAGCUUAUCUCACCAGUCUUAAGAAAGUGCUUUAUAUUCUCUUGGACGGUGUAUCUGAGGGGUGAGUCAGAACAUACCUUGAGUUCAUUUGACCAGAAUACCCCCAUGCGCCCAUCCUUUGCUCAAUAGACCUUGUCGCGGUUUUGGAAGCCAUCUUGACGAGAAGGCAACCGCGUGAGAAAUUACAGUGUUUGUAUGAGAAUCUAAUGUCGAAUAAUUUCUGUAAAACGGCUGUUCUGAAAAAAAUAUGAAUAUUUGCAAACUAAAGCUACAUAGCAAAGGAUUUUACCAACAAAUUUUUGGGACCGUAACUGCGCUUAAAUUUCACCGGAAUUUUCACAUAUUUGUCUGCAAUUUUUCCCGGGAAAUUUUAGUCGGCUGGAAGAGAAAUAUUUACAGACAAAUGUGUAGAAAAUUUUAAUAAGUGGUUCUAGCGCGUGUAGCUUUGCAUGUAACGUCCUCAAUUUUUUUCAGUAGAAUCGUUAGGAGUGAAGCUUUAGUUUACAAUUCAAGCAGUCUAGACUAAUGAGGCUGAGUAGGUAGGAUGUGAAGAAUAAUGCCGAUCGAGGAGAAUGUUAUCCACCGAGGAUGAAGGCCGAGAUCUGCAUAAUUUUUCACAUCAUACUAAAGGCGAAUUCAAUGAUUGUUUUAUUAUUCAUUCAAAAUGUUUCCAAUUACCUCCUCGUCGACUUUCUUCAAACCUAAUUAGCCUAUUUCUCGGAAAGAUUUCAGGAUAUAAAAGUUUUCCUUGCAGAUACUCCUCAAAAAGUAUAUAACAUCCAUCGAGCGAUAUGUUUAGCGAUUCUUGUAUUUCUUCCGUUCAGAUUUAGUUCAAAAUUCAGCUAUUUUGUCUUCGGAUUCCCGUGAACGCCAAUUGUCUUAGUUCACACGUGAAUAAACAGCUUGGCGGCUUACCGAUGAUCUCUUAUUAGCAGUCUCGUUUCUAAUCAAAAUAUACCAUCGAAUCGAUGGUAUAUUGCUCGCAUCUUCCAAAUAUGGUAAGCACCAGUUGGUUAUUUAACAAUUAUUCCUCUCGCCCUCAUGGCCUCUGAGUCAAUAGCCCAUUUGGCCUUCGGCCUCAUGGGCUAUUGACUCAGAGCCCAUUCGGGCUCGAGGAAUAAUUGUUAAUUAACCGGGGGAUUGGAGCCAAUCAGCAACGGCGAAAUCUUUUGAAUGAAUAAUAACAGUGAUUAUUUAUUCACGAUAACUCAAAUGUUGCGCAGGAAAUAUUUCAGUAUACUAUAUUUCUUUUCUUCUAGGGACUUCCCAUCUGCUCUUCCUGGAAUGUAUGAACAGAUUAUACGAGAAACUGAAAAGUUUCUAGAUGACAGAGGUUUAAACAAACUCACAUCUCAACAAAAAGACAUGCUGAAAGGACAAACUGAAGGAAUAACAUUCCCUGAUAACACCGUAUUUAACUUAAUAAGUGAGUAGUAAAUUAUAAUAGGCAUUUGAUAAUCAUCCUUUUAUUUCUUCAGGGUUAGAGAACUUGUCCCAAGGGUGUCGGCUUACUAGAGUACAAACUCAGCAUUUUUACAUUCCCAAGCAGAUAAUUCCCGUAGGCGGCCGUGGACACUUUCAGGGUUUACGAGUUAGAUGUUAGCUGUAGUUUUAAGCUCUCGUAAGCGGACACCUCAUUGGCCUCUGAAUCUUGUAUUUUUUUUUAUUAUAUUUAUUAUUUUGCUCUUUGUCAUAAUGGCUGAAUUUUUAUCAGUCUGUGUCUGUUUUUUUUUCUUUCUUUUUUUUUUCAAAGACACGUCCGGUUGCACCUCAAAACACCACGUGAAUUUUAUGCUUGCGCCUAAAUGGCAACGUCAUCAGAACGGUAGUAUAGCCAAACACUUAACAAACAUUUUUUCGCAUUCCCAGUAUUCAUUCUUUUCUUUACGUUUUCGUAGAAAAAGAUUGUAAUGGGAAAAAAGAUCGUUGGGUCGUGUUUGGAUGAAAUAAUGAUCGUCUUUUUCCCGAGAAAUAUACAGUGAAGUUCUCUUUUUGCCCCAAAAGCGCGCGUAAAUACUGAGCGAGUGCCCCCUGGGCAUCCCAUAAUACUCCUUAAUCUAAUAAAUUCAAUAUGGCCGCCGUAUCGGUAAAAAGGUCUCUUACGGACCCCUUUUUCUCGCCCCGAGGGUGUCCGCUUACGAGAGCUUCCACUGUAUUGCAUAGUGGAUAUGAGAUUAAUGACUCGCUUGGUUGAAGUUAGAAGCUCAUCCUGCUAGUUUUUUUCCUCUUCUUCGUCUUCUUCUUCUUCUUUUUUUUUUUCUUCUAACUGUAAAAUGAGUUCUACCUCAUGAAAUUUUAAGCGAAUUUUUCUUUUCACCUUGCAGGCACCCGGGUGUAUGACUUCAUGUUAACCCGAAUUAGGAGUCUACACCAUCAAAGACGGGAUGCUGCGCGUUAUUCACCAUCUCAAGAUAGAAGAUCCACUUCACCUACCAUUCCUCAGGGCUUAGCUUGUGUGAACUCUGAACUAUCAGAAAUUACCGGCCGAUUUGCGCGUGUAAUCGGUCACAAUAUUGCAGUAUUUACACCAUUUUAUGAAGAUAUUUUAGAGGAGUUAAAAAAUUCUUGA